AUGGACACAAUAACAACAAAUUCCAGGCGAAGUUCUGAGUGUACAAACUGCCACUAUGUAUUUAAAUUUUUCAGUAAGAAAAGAAAAUGCAAAAUCUGCAGUAGCUUAUAAUUAGAAAAUAUUUUUUGUAAAAGAUGCAGUAUCAGCAAAAAGCAUUACUUGCUUUGGCCACUAAAGUCUUGCCAUUAUUGUUUAUCAUGCUACCAAAGUAAACAGCAACAAAGCUGCAUAAUAUUUGAGCGUAGGUAUACGCCUGAAUAUAAUGGAGAGCCAGAAAGUCCUUUAUUUCAAAUUAAUAUACCAAAUUUAUUAAUAAAGCCAAGGCUAUUUUAUAUAUAAACUAUUAUUUUUUUUUAUAAAAUUGCUUGAUAAGGAAUAAUUAUUCCCAUUGCUCAGAUGAUUUAGAUGAAGAAAAUCUUACCAAUCUUAUUUCUUCAAAACAAUAUAAGCAGCUAAUGAAGAACAAAGUAAAGGUUUCUUCGAAAGAUCCAUUAAAAGAGUAUGCUAUUUCAUCAAGGAUUGGAGAUGGAGGGUCUGUAUUCAGGGCGACAAAUAAGAAAACGGGCCAAGAAGUGGCCUUAAAAAGGGUCUUAAACUUAGUAGCAGUUGACUAGCUUUGAAUACUAUGGAAUCCUGCGGCUUGCUACUUGGUUGAAGGAAGGUUGUCCCUACAAAAUAAACAAAAAUCGAAUUUGGUAUAUUCUCGAAAAAAAGAAAAAUUCAGGUUAUUGCCAGAAUUGCUUAUCCAGCGUCCAUUACAGGGCUAGUAAAACGUAAAUAAAAUGUUUGCUCGAUUCCGCAUUGCGGGAGGAAUGCCCAGGCCGAAGCGCCAUAUUUAUUUUUUUCCUUAAAAAGGGUCAAAUUCCAAGAAAAAGAGCAAAAAACCCAAAUUUUGAACGAAAUCGGCAUUCUUCAGCUUUCUAAGCAUGAAAAUAUCAUUGAGUGCUACAAGGCAUUUGAGUACAAAAGGUAUUAACUAUCCAGUGAAAUAUGGGUAGCUGUUGAGGCUAUGAAAUGCAACUUAACUGCUUUAAUAAAAGACAAUUACGGGAGAAUCCCUGAAAAUAUCAUCGGAUAUAUCUGUGGAGAGAUCCUAAAAGGUUUAUCAUGGCUUCAUCAAGAGCAUCGAAUUCAUCGUGAUAUAAAAUCUGACAAUAUCCUCUUGUCUACUGAGGUAAAUUAUAUUUAGGGCUCUAUCAAGUUAAAUGAUUUUGGCUUCAGCGUCCAAUUAACUUGUGAUAAUUCUUCACGAAAAACCAUAAUUGGCACUCCUUACUGGAUGGCUCCAGAAGUAGCUGAAGGCAAGUGCUAUGGCAUAAAAUGCGAUAUAUGGUCAUUAGGAAUUUUAGCAAUAGAAAUUGCAGAAGGAGACCCUCCAUUCAUAAAUGAACCUCCAAUGAAAGCUAUGGCUUAUAUUACCCAGAUGCCUGCUCCUCAGCUUGGCAGCCAAAAUAGAUGGAGUUAUGCUAUAUAGAAAGAAUAUUAUUUAAAAAUUGAAAAUAAAGCACUCUUUUUAUAUAGAAAAUAAGGCUUUGGAUUCUUUUCCAAAGUUUUUGGUUUAUAUUAAAAAAUAUAUUUUUUUACUGAUUUUUUAAGUGAAUGCCUUAAAAAAGAUCCUUAUGAGAGGGCUACUGCCUGCAAGUUAAAAAAGCACCCAUUCAUAAAAAAUGCGUGUACAAUUGGCGAAUUUAAGCAGUUUCUGUCAGAUUGGGAAAGAUCAAGAAAAGAGUUAGCAUAA